CAAGGAUCUUAUUCGUUUCUCUCUUUUGCACGCUAUUACAAAAAAAAAAAAAAGCUCAUCGGUUUCUCAGAUCCACUUUCUUCUUUCUUUGCGUUAAUCUCUUGUUUGGUAUGGGAUUCUUCUCCUUUCCUCUGUGAUCUAUUGUUGUGUUAUAUAAAGUUGGUUGCUUUAAAGGUUUUUGUCUUUGUUAUUCCCUUGUGUUCAGGUCUGAGACAUGGCUUCUAAGAGGAUUUUGAAAGAGCUUAAGGAUUUGCAGAAGGAUCCUCCUUCUAACUGUAGCGCAGGUCCUGUGGCUGAGGAUAUGUUCCAUUGGCAAGCAACUAUCAUGGGACCUCCUGAUAGUCCUUAUGCUGGAGGAGUCUUUUUGGUUUCAAUUCACUUUCCUCCGGAUUACCCUUUCAAGCCACCUAAGGUGUCUUUUAAGACAAGGGUGUACCAUCCCAACAUCAACAGCAAUGGAAGCAUUUGCCUUGAUAUCUUGAAAGAACAGUGGAGUCCUGCUCUUACCAUAUCCAAGGUUUGACCUUUUGUAUCUCUCUAUUUACCCAAGACUGUUUCAGGUGAUCAUGUUUGUUAAUGCUGAGUGUGGAUGAUGAUGUUGUGGAUACAGGUUUUGUUGUCGAUUUGCUCGUUGUUGACAGACCCGAACCCAGAUGAUCCCCUUGUGCCAGAGAUAGCUCAUAUGUACAAGACUGAUAAAUCCAAGUACGAGUCUACUGCGCGAAGCUGGACACAGAAGUACGCCAUGGGAUGAGAAAGACUUGGACUCAAAUGGUCGAGACAAUCAAAGCAUAACGUUAUUACUCAUCUAUAUAUAUCA